AUGAAUCCCUCAUCGUCCAUCCUUGAUGCCUUCCCUCUCAACUCCGAUCCUUCCCAUACGGUAAAAUCAAACCCCAUCCAAGCGUCCGACUCAGAUGCACAACCUGAAACAGUCUAUAUAAUCCUCGAACACACGUACGAGCACGAUCAGGACCGCAAGGGACGGACAAAAGUCCCUACUAAAUUCGCCUAUUCGUCAAUCCACGAGGCCAACCAGGCAGCAUACAAGAUCCUGAUCUCGAGAGGUGGUGUAGAUCAAGAUGGUACGAUGAAAGAUCCCAAUUGCCACACGGAAUGUUUCUCGGGAGAUGAAGAUGGUUUAUCCCAAACAACCCCCAAACAACCCAAAACCAAGGGAAAGAAAAGAGCUUCUACAGGUGUGACUUCGGGGAAGGAAUUAGGUCAACAGGAUGGGAAGGGUCAAAAGAAACAGAAGAAGACGAGUGAUGUAGUUGAUCUGACUGGAGUGUAG